AUGAUAUUAAUUUAUUAUUUAAUUUCAUUUGUUUACAGUGAAGAAGCUAUUUGUGGUGAUGGGGAAAGAGAUUUAUUUUAUGAAGAAUGUGAUAAUGUUGCUUUUUGUUCAAACUGUAAAUGUGAAUAUGGAUAUUCUUAUGAUAAAGAAAAAAAUGCAUGUAAUCCACAAUGUGAUAUUGACGGAUGUUUGACUGGUUGUGAUGCUUCACAAUCAUGUUCAAAAUGUAAUGUAAGUGAAGGAUAUUAUGAAGACUGCCAUGGAUGUCGAAAUGGAUUUUUUCAACAAGGGUUUAUGAAAUGUAUUAAAGUGACUGAUGAAUUAAAAGCUACAGUAAGAAGUUGUAAAAAUGUUAUAGAAGCAACUGACUUAACUUAUAUUCGUAAAUUAGAUUUUAUUAGUGGAACAUCUAAAACUUUACAUUUAAAAAAGAGUGAAGCAGUUUUAUCAGUAGAAAAUUGUUUUGAUAGACUUGAAUCAAAAACCCCUUAUUCAUAUGGAUUUUGGUUUGAAAUUAAUGCAAAAGAAGAGGGGUUUAUAUCUAUUGAAACAACACGACAUUAUUCUAGUUAUGUUAUUGAUUAUUAUAUUCUUCAAGGAAAAGACAUUGGAGAAGAUACACGAAUUAUAAUAUUAAACAAUUGUAGAGAUGAUUUAGAACCAAAUACAUCUGAAGAUUGUGAAUUUGAGAAUGAUGAUAUUGAUUGGUAUAUUCUUGAUUCUCAUGCUAUUACUCAUGUCGUUCCAGGAAUUCCAAAAUAUGUGUUUAUUUCAAUGGCAUUUUCUGAUAUAUUUACAAAAGAUCCUGUUGUUUUAUUUACAUUUCAAAAAAAUUCAUGUGGUUCAUUUUAUGAAGAAAUUCUUUGGAAUGAUAUUAUAAAUGGAUCAAGUACUAAAAUUUUGAAAAGGUCAAACAUGUUUCCUUCUACUAAUAAGUGUAUUAAUACUCCUCAAUAUGGUUCUUGGUUCUUGAUCAGAGGCAUUGAACAAUCUAUAUCAAUUUCUACAUGUAAUACUGAAAAUGGUGUUAAUGCUGGAUUUAAUGUGAUAGAAGUUGAUUCUGGAUCUAUUAAUUCAACAUUAUCUUGUUCUGAAGAUAAUCCAACUGCAAAAUGUGUUGUUACUGGUUCAAAGAGUUGUGAGAAUGGAGAUACUUAUCAUUCAAAAGCUAUAAUUUCUUUAAAACCAGGAAAGAAUUACUUUAUAUUUUUGACAACAAAUAAUUUACAACAAGUUCAAUUAAGAAUGGAUGUUAAAGCUGUUUGUCCUAUGGGAUGUGGAGAAAAUGGAAUUUGCAGCACAGCCUCAGGAGGGUGUGUUUGUCUUAAUGGAUAUAUUAAAAAAGGAGAAAUUUGUACAUUAUGUGGAAAUAAGGUUGUUGAUGAAGAAGAAGACUGUGAUAUUUCUCAACAAAAGGAUGAUAUUAAAUGUGACAUUGAUACUUGUAUGUGUCAUUAUGGAUAUAUCCCAAUGUUAAUAAAUGGAACAACUAAAUGUUCAUUAGAGACUUGUGGAAAUGGAAUUGUUGAUGAUGGAGAAGAAUGUGAUGGAGGCAUUGGAUGUGACCAUUGUAUUUGUGAAGAAGGAUAUAAUCCAUAUUAUACACCAAGAAAAUCUUGUUUAUCCGUAAUGUGUGGGAAUAAAAUUGUUAAUGAUGGAGAAGAGUGUGAUGGAGGAGAUGGGUGUUAUGAAUGUGAGUGUCAAGCUGGAUGGUACAAAACUGGAGAUACCUCUUGCCGUUCAUUAGAAAUUGGACUUUUUUUAAAGAUAGAAACAAGUUCUGGAGUAUGUUUAUAUAUAUUAUUAUGGUUAAGCUUACUACUUAUUAUAAUGUUUAGAUAUAAAAAAUUAACAUUAGAAAUUCAAGAAGAAUGGAGAGCACAAACUGAUUUACCAUUUUUGGAAAGUACAAUUAUUCCUUUUAAUAAAACAAACUCACAAUAUAUUGACAUAAGAACAAAUACAAGUUACUUUGAAUUUGAUAAUCCUUCAAUCAGUUUCAAGGAUAUUGAUAAUAGAAUGGAAGUAGAUGAACCUGUUCAAACAACUGUUGAAUUAAAAAAUAAUUAUAAAGAAGUACUUUAUUUUACAUUUCAUUGUGGAGAAUAUCCAAAGUAUGAUAUUAUGUUUAGUCCAGUAAUUGGGACAGUCAGACCUGGAGAUUCUAUUAUAAUAACGGUUAAUUUAAUAGUCAAAUGUACUACUAUUUUAAAAGAACGUGUUCCAGUAACACUUCGAUAUGGUAAAUUAAAAUCUAUUUUAAAAGAAAUAGAAAAGAAUAAUCCUGAAGUACUACAAAUUAAUUCAAGCCAAAAUAGUGAUAUUUCAGAUGACCCAAGAAAUAAAAGUGAUACUACAUCAAGUCAUUCUACAGAUAAAGGUCAUGGAAUAACAAAGAAUAAUUCAGUGAUUUCAAAUGAAAGCGGUCAAAGUAAAUCAAAGAAAAAUAAAGAGGACAGACUAAAGGGUAUUCAUAAAUUCCAUGUUUAUUUAAACCUUCAAGUUGAAUCUGCUCUUUCUACUAAAUUAGAUUAUGAAGAAAUUAAUUUAUUCCAUCCACCUAUUGGAUCUGGAACUUUUGGUAUUGUUUAUCGUGCAGAAUGGAGAAUGGUUGAUGUUGCAGUUAAAGUAUUAAAAACAGAUUUAGUUGAUUUAAAUGAUUUAUUACCUAAUUUCAUGCAAGAAGCAGAAAUGAUGGAAAGAAUUAGAUGUCAAUAUGUUGUAAAUUUCAUAGGAAGUGUAGUAUCAAGUGAUACAUUGUGUUUAGUAACAGAAUUUUGUCCACUUGGGUCAUUAAGAAAAUAUAUGAAAACAAAUGCAAUGAGUGAAUUUUUAAAAGUAAGAUUCUGUCAAGACAUAGCACGUGGAAUGGAAUAUUUACAUGAAAAUGAUAUUGUACAUCGUGACUUAAAAACAGAUAAUAUCUUAGUUUAUUCAAAUAAUCCACAUGAUGCUGUAACAAUUAAAGUUACUGACUUUGGAACAUCAAGGUCAUUCAUUGAAUCUUCAGGAAAUAUUGCUUUACAAAAUAUUGGUACACCAAUGUAUAUGGCACCAGAAAUAUUCCAGUCAGAACAAAUGACAUUAAAAUCAGAUGUAUUUUCCUUUGCAAUUUGUAUGUUAGAAAUUUGGUUAGGAAAAGAACCAUAUGAUCCAAUGAAAUUCCCUGACUCAGAAUCAAUUUUAAAAUAUGUAUGUUCAGGAAAAAGACUUCAUAUUUCAGACAGUUGUUUGAUAAAAACAAUUAUUGAACAAUGUUGGGCACAAAAACCUAAUGAACGUCCAACAUUUAAAGAAGCUGGAAACCUUUUAUUACCUAUUGUUGUUAAUUUAACACAUAUAAAUACAAAGAAAAGUUCAACUAAAACAGGAGGAAGUAGUCAUUCUACUGAACAGGAUAUAGAUUCAAAGAAAAUAAGUUCAUUUUCAUUAAUAAAUAGUUCUGAAAUUUCAAGUGAAUAUGUAUCAAAUAAGAAAGGAAGAGAUGUAUCAAUUAAUGAAAAUGAAAUAAAAAAGUAA